AUGGCCGUCCGCACCGCUGUGAAAACACAAGACGAAAUAAGGACCGAGUUCAAAACUUUGGUUCUAGAGACAUUGGGCUACCCGCCAGAUAAAUACCACAUCUACGUAUUAGACGAUAACGGGAGUCUCGAUGUGAAAGAUCUAGUCUGUGGAUUUCAGAAACGAUUACAGAAUCUUCAUUAUGCCAACCGUGGGCUGGCUUUGCGCACACACUCCAAAGCCGGCAACCUGAACUUUGGCCUUUGCCAGUCUCUCUUACACAGCAAUUCUGAGUUCGUUGCCGUUCUUGAUGUCGACAUGAUUCCAGAAAAAGACUGGCUCGGUGUCCUUCUGCCACACUUGCUCCAAGAUGACCAGGCUGGACUCGCAUACCCUCCACAAAUCUUCCAUGAUAUACCGCAGAAAGACACCCUUACCUUAGUCUCGGGAAACCAGCUAGUGACCAAGAUCUUACUUCCUCUUCAAGAUUCGACGGAUAAUUCCAUCUGCACUGGCCCGGGAUUAGUUGCCCGUCGGUCUGCUCUUGCGGAUAUUGACAACUUUCCAACAGAAUCGAUGCAAGAAGACGCUCUAACAUCGAUUAAGUUAUGCUCUCCAAACUGGAAGGUGCUUUAUAUACCCGAAGCGCUCCAGUGGGGCAUCUUGCCGCACACAUAUCAGGGCGCAAUUCAAAACGAGCAACGCGCCUUGAUCAGUAUGCCAUUCAUGGUUAGAUACCUUCUCGGACCUCAUGUUCGGCACUACAAGGGACGCGUGGCUUUAGCAUUCGGAUUUAUAGUUAAGCUUGUCGAACCUAUUUUCAUCACGGCGGCCAUUUGUCUGCUGGCUCGUCUUUACUGUCGUCUAAGCCAUUGA